UGUACCCGAACCUGUAAACUGAGGCACUCUUCUCCUCUCACUCUCCUCCAUAACUUACAUCCAGCGACCCAUUCCCACGAAUUAUCAUGCCGCCAAAAUCGGAUAUCAACAAAGCGGGCUGGGAGAAUAGUGAUUUUCCAAUCCUUUGCGAAACUUGUCUGGGAGACAACCCAUUUAUUCGCAUGUCGAAACAAGACCACGGCCGUUCUUGUGGAACGUGCGCUCGGCCAUUCACAGUCUUCCGAUGGAAUCCUGGAACAGGAAUGCGCUAUAAGACUACGGUGAUCUGUCAGACGUGUGCGAAAAUCAAAAAUGUCUGUCAGACGUGUUUGUUGGAUCUCGAAUACGGCCUGCCGACGCAAGUGCGCGACACCGCGUUAGCCAUCCAGAACGAUGCGCCUACAAGUGACAUCAAUAGGGAGUACUAUGCACAAAACAUGGAGGCCAAGGUGCGUGAUGCCAACUCUGCUGCUCAACCAGAGCGCUUACAUGACUCGAAGUUGGAGGGUGGCACCAAAUCUGGACUCAGUUCAGGUCGCACGCAGUCUGCUGGGAAGGAGAUGCUGAAGGAGCUUGCUCGCACAGACCCUUACUACAAACGAAACAGGCCACAUAUCUGCUCUUUCUUCGUCAAAGGAGAAUGCAAUCGGGGCAGCGAAUGCCCAUUUCGACACGAAAUGCCGGCGAACAACGCACUAUCUCACCAGAACAUACAAGACAGGUAUCACGGCAAGAAUGACCCUGUUGCGAACAAGAUAAUGUCGACGUAUGCCGAAAGCCAGGGAUUGAAACCUCCCGAAGACGAGACAAUCACGUCUCUCUUCUUAUCGUCUCUACCAGCUAUCUCAACAGAAGCAAGCGUCCGAACCAGUGUGCUACAGGCUUUGCCUUCUGUCGAAUCCUCAGAGCUCAAAUCCAUCGUGCAUGUUGAAAAAACGCGAUGCGCGUUCGUCAACUUCAAGGCUCGAUCGAUUGCAGAGACGGCAGCACAUGCAUGGGCCAACGGACUGGAUAUUGACGGACAGCGUGUCGCAGUGAAGUGGGGUAGAGGGAGAGCGAAGAAGACAGAAACGACUCCGAUUACAGCGUAGUGUUUGUAUUACCAUCGCGAAUAACCAGACAAGCAUGGGCACUGGGUCGGCUCCUACGGCGACAAGUAUGAGGGCGAGCACUUGGAAAUUCAAACAACAGGACGCACGACAGAUCCCGGCAAGCCCCCAGCCCAGACCGAAGAUGACGCUUCCCAUGAUCAGUCUCAUAUCCACUCGCCCAACACUCGGCACAGCCCAUUUCCCUCCAAGCUUUGGGCGUUCCGGUCCCCGACAGAGCUGAUAGAGAGCGAUACCAGAUGGAAGCGCGCCAGCAGCGAGGAAAGCGAGGGAAGGAUCAAAAGACUGGUGAUAGGGGAGCAAGAGAAACGCGAGUACUCGGAGCGGCUCAGUAAGGUUGGACAGCUUCAACGCUA